AUGAGGAUCAAAUAUCUGCUGUUCGAUUGCGACAAUACUCUUGUGCAAUCGGAGGAUGUCGCCUCCGAGAUCUGCUGCGAGUUGAUCAACGAGGUGUUAGAAAAGAGGGACGUCGCCGUUCGGUUUUCGCCUGAGGAUCUUAUCACAGAGUUUGUUGGUCUCAACUUUCGCCGAAUCCUGGUAACCCUGCAACGGCAACUAGGUUUUGAGUUGAGCGAAGACGAGUUGAAAGCCUGCAACCGUACUCAAGAAGAUCGAGUGGUCGCCAACAUCGAAGCAAAGACCCAGCCGUGCCCUGGUGUGACCGAAACACUUGCCAGACUCCACAAAUCCAAGGAUUUCGUCUUGGCUGUUGCUUCCUCGUCAUCCCUGCGCCGCAUUCGUACCUGCCUGCGGGUGACGGGGCUGAUCAAGUACUUUGACGACGAUAAGAUUUUUUCCGCGGCUGAUUCCCUUUCUGGUCCGUCCAGCAAGCCCGAUCCCGCUGUCUACCUCCAUGCGUUAGAGAAGCUCGGAGCUCUUGCAGGACAAUGUUUGACUGUCGAGGACAGUAUGUCAGGAGUCGGGGCCGCCGUGGGUGCCAACUUGAAGUGCUUGGGAUAUGUUGGGUCGACUCAUACACUGGGGCAAAGAACCGAAAUGGCCCGACAAUUGCUUGAUGCAGGAUGCGUUGAUAUCAUGUGGCAUUGGGGCAGUUACGGCAAACACCUAUCCACUGUCGAAAGUCAAGAGAGCGAUAAAUCGGAUAGAGUGACACCGUCGCAGGGUACAAACUGA